AAUCAAACAACUCGAACUGAUUCUUGACAAUCUUCAAGCUUUUAAUGACAAGAUGCCGUACGCCAACCAGCCCACUGUUGCUUUGACUCAGUUGACUGACGAAAACAUCAAAUUCAUAAUUGAGGAUACUGACUUGAGUGUUGCCAACGCUCUUAGAAGAGUUUGCAUUGCAGAAGUACCAACAAUCGCUAUUGACUGGGUGCAGAUAGAGGCCAACUCCACAGUUUUGUUUGAUGAGUUCAUUUCUCACCGCCUGGGGCUGAUUCCCCUGACAAGUGAAGGAGUUGUGGAGAAGAUGCAGUACACAAGGGAUUGCACCUGUGAAGAGUUCUGCCCUGAGUGCUCCGUGGAGUUCACGCUGGAUGUCCGCUGUACAGACGACCAGACCAGACACGUGACCACGGCGGACCUCAUCUCCAGCGACCCGAAUGUUAUCCCUGUCACUUCCAGAUCAAGACAAGAAGACAGUGAAUAUGACAACGCAAAAAAUAAAGACAUCCUCAUAGCCAAGCUGCGGAAAGGUCAAGAGCUGAAGGUCAGAGCCUUCGCCAGGAAAGGCUUUGCCAAGGAGCACGCCAAGUGGAACCCGACGGCGGGCGUGUCCUUCGAGUACGACCCGGACAACUCCCUGAGACACACAACGUACCCCAAGCCAGAGGAGUGGCCCAAAAGUGAAUACUCAGAACUGGAGGAGGACCAAACCGAGGCUCCUUUCGAUCUGAAUGGCCAACCAAACAAGUUCUUCUUCAACGUGGAAGCGAUAGGCUCCCUGAAGCCUGAGACCAUCCUCUUUUCCUGCCUCAGCGGUCUCAAGAAAAAGCUGAGCGACCUCCAGACGCAGCUCAGUCACGAGAUCAACCACGAGAACAGCCGAGAUGCCUUGGCUAUCAACUAGCUCCUCCUGUAUACCGCGGCGUGUCCCUACCGACUUUUGUAUGAUAAAUUUGAACAAGCGAUGACCAAGAUGUGUUUCAUGCUGGGCAGACAAUGCCAAUAAAAUUUUUAAAAGACU